CCACGUGUUACUGAAGUUAUUGAUGGCAACAGUGGGCGCAUAAUAACUGGUCCGACUCAACGAAACGUUCAAACCGUUCAGUCACUGAUUGCCCGCAACGGAGAGCGCGUGUCGUUGUCGAAGCGAAGCCGGUAUUGCGCGGGAGCACACACGAUAAACAUUUUAUUACCUAGUUUACAAUAGUUCAAUCUAAACUGGACCUUUAAUAGUGAGUUAUAGUGUGUAUCCCAGAGAUUUGGAUAAUCAGAGAUCAAAACUGAAAGUGAAACUGAAAUAUCGACGUGCGCAGAUUAGCAAAGAGAACAUGCUGACUAGACUGCUGACAUUAGCACUGGUGGCGGCGAGCUGGCACGCCACCGACGCCUGCACCUGCUCACUUGAACACCCACAGUCACACUUUUGCAACAGUGAUUUUGUGAUCGUGGGUCGAGUACAAAAAUUAUUUAAAGGAAGCGACUUUUAUGACGCAUACAAAGUUAAAAUCAGAAAUGUAUUUAAAGCAACCCCGAAGGCAGCAUUAGCCUUAAAAGCUGGGCGAAUAUUAACGCCUUCACACGAUUCCCUGUGCGGAGUCACACUUCAGCCGCGAGAGACAUAUGUUAUAACAGGUCGCAUUGUGCAUCUGCAGGCUCACAUACAUCUCUGCGGGUACAUUAACAAAUGGCGCGAAGUUACUCCGCGACAACGAAAAGGAUUCAGACUGCUCUACAAACAAGGCUGCACGUGCAAGGUACACGUAAACCGACGCAGUACGAAAUCACCAAACACUUGUGUGGCGGGCUACGACGAAUGCUACGAGCGACAUGGUAUCUGCCUUCAUGACCGCGAACGACGCUGCCGUUGGACUAGGGCCCCGGCUCUCACAAGAUGCCUGCAGAAACAACACUUCAACAGCACCAUGACUUGAUUCAUCGAACGACUCGAUCAAACGUAAACAUUUAAUUGUAACAAACAUUUGUAUAUUUGACUCGACUCCAUAGAAAUUCCGGUUACCUUAUACUGUUACUAAUAAUUUGUAGAAACGCGAUGAGUUACUAAGCCAAAAUCUUCAUCCUAACAAGCCUCGUAGGUUCAGUCUUGUAAUUGUGGUAUUACGCGCAAUAACUAAACAUUUGUGUUGAAUAUAUAUAAAUUACUCCCAAGAUAGAGUAAAGGACUAACGUUCUGGCUAGUCACGGAGGUGUCUAACAAUAGAACUAAUACGAAAUUUAGGCAGCAAGCGUGUGACUGUAAUGCUUUAUAAGAUAGCGAUGCGAUUCGAUUAAAUUAUGACUAUAUAAGACUUUAGUGACGAAUUUACUGAGAAUCAUUACCAAUUGUUGUUUUUUGAAAAUAUUUUGGCGGUUCGAAAUUGUUGUUUUGUCACUUUGACAAAAGUAAAUUUGACGUUAUUUUGUAUUAUUUAUUUAAGUUAUAUUUAUAUUUAAGUUAAAUACUGUAAAUUAACAAAAACUAGCGAUGUAAGUAAAUUACAAUAAAGACUUGAAACCAAAAA